AAACAUGGGCAGCUUUUCCGUGGCGAACACCAUUUUUGCUCUCAACCUCUUCAAGAAGCUUAGUGCAAAUGAUCCUCCCAACAAUUUGUUUUUUUCUCCUUUGAGAAUCUCUUCUGCACUGCUAAUGGUCUUGUUGGGUGCCAGAAAUAACACACAAGCUCAGAUGUUAAAGGUGUUAUCUCUACCAAAAGAUGGAGAGGUUCACCAAAGAUUUGAGAAACUUAUUUCUGAUAUCAACAAAUCAGAUGCCAAUUAUGGCCUCAGUCUGGUCAACCAGCUCUUUGGAGAAACAUCGUAUGAUUUUCUUGCAUCUUUUAUAGAAUCCACUCAGAGAUUCUACCAUUCAGGUCUGGAGAAACUUAACUUCAAACAAGGUUCAGAAGAUUCAAGAAGACAUAUAAAUGCCUGGGUAGAAGAAAAAACCUCAGGUAAAAUUCAAGAUCUGCUUGUCCCAGGAGUAAUUGAUUCGCUUACAAAGCUGGUUUUGGUGAAUGCUAUCUAUUUCAAGGGAAACUGGGCAGAUAAAUUCAACAAAGAUUAUACAAUGAAUAAGCCAUUCUGGAUUAGCAAGAAUGAAAGGAAAACAGUGCAGAUGAUGUUCAGGAAAGGAGAAUACAAUAUGGCCCACAUAUCAGCCUAUCGUACUUCCGUUCUUGAGAUUCCAUAUUUUGAUAAUGAGUUGAGCAUGAUUAUUCUGCUUCCUGAUGAAAUUGAAGAUAAUUCUACUGGAUUGGAAAAGCUGGAGAGAGAAACUCAGGAACUGGAUCAAUCCAGAGAUGACGGACCUAAGAGAAGUUGAACUCUCCUUUCCCAAAUUUAAACUGGAAGAAAAAUAUGACCUGAAGCCUG